AUGAAUAACUAUGAAAGUAAACUAAAUUACGAUAGUCCUUGUGACUCCGAUAACGAUUGGACUAUUUCUACUGGUGGCUCAAAAUAUUCAGAUUCUGAAAGUUCUGUGCCUGAAUGGGAUUCUGAUGUUGCAGAGGAUGAUCAUCAACUAGAAAAUCCACUAAAGAUGGCCUUCAACAUAUAUAAGAAGUAUAAUUCAUUCAAGAACCUUCCUGAAUACACAUUACUAUCUGGCGCAGGAAGGAAAAGAUUCUGGAAUCUUGUGAAAGAACAAAUGCCUCCUAAAGAAGCUCUUGCAGUAGCAUCACGAGGCAAGAUUGAAAAAAUGUUAGAGCUACAAAAUAGUGGACAGCUGAAGAGCACUGCGCAGAAACGGAAUAUUCAAAACCAUCUUCAAUUUACCAUACCUAAAAAGAUUAAAAAAACUAAAAAUAUAGAAACGAAAGAUCAGGCUAAUAAUGCUCCUAACCCAGUCAAUGUUCAAACUCAAAAGAUUUCUAAAUCUUCUGAAUCAGAAAACCAAGACAAGCCUAAAUCCAAACUUGUGUCACUCGUUGAAAUCCACAACACUCAGCUCAUGUCAGAUGAAGAAAUUAAUAUGGUACAUGAAGCCCUUCUCCUAGAAAUUGCUAAAGGUGAAGCAGGCAAAGGCCCUAGAUUUUGUGGAUUUUUCAAUAAAAAAGGUUUUAUACUAGUUUUAUGUGAAAAUCAUGACAGCCAGGAAUGGCUUGUGAAGACAAUUGAGAAAAUCAAACCCUGGCCAGAAGCAAAACUCUUUUUAAAAUUAAAAAAUAGAACAUUGAAUGCUACUACUUUUUUGCCUGGCCAAGAAGCUGACACUGUAGAAAAAGCUCUAAAACUACUGCAGAUACAAAAUAAAGGACUAAAUACUGGAGAGUGGAUAGUCCUAAAUGAAAGAGAAUUUCAAGGAGGCAGAGUAGUAACAUUUUCCAUAGACCGAUACUCCUUUGAGGCCCUUAAGGUUAGCAAGUUUAAAGCCCUUCUUGGUUUCAGAAAUGUUUUUUUCAAAAUCACGAAUCCACAAUCACAAGAGGUGUCCCAGCCUAACAAUGUUAUAGAAGGAACAUUUAAAGAGGAGGCUUCUGCUGAAAGUGAGAUAAACAGUGAAGUCAAGCAAGAAGUGAAUUUGAAUAAUGGAAGCCCUGUUAAGGAACAAGUUCAGGAACCAAAUCAGGAUGAAAUCAAGCCAUCUGAACCGGAAGUCAAAAAUCAGGAACAACAAAAUCAAGAAAUACAACUGCCUGAGCCAUGGAGGAUAUUUAAGGUUUUAAAAGCACAUAAACAAAAAAAUGCUGACUUUGGUGUCAAAAGAGAUUAUGAUGGCAUGUUAUCAUCAAAUGCUUAUGCAAACAGAAAUCCAGCUAAUGAUGACAAACAUAUUGUUAUUCAGGUCAGCAAAAACAUGAUAUUUAACAGCGAAAAAAAUUGCCAAGUUGAAAAAUUGUUUGGCAUAAGUUUAGAAACACACCCAGAUGGCAAAACAUUAAUGGUUUCUGAUUUUUUAACUGAGGCUAGACCUAUAUAUGUGCAGAAAAUAAAAAAGGGAUAUUAUUUGAAUAAAAUCAAUGGCAUAGUGGUCACCUCUCACAACUUAAACAGUAUUCUACAACGAGUUAUUGAAGACCCUAAUCACCCAAAAUUAACCUUUGAAAUACCUACAGAAGAAGAUAAUGUAGAUGUCGAAAGACUAUUAAAGACUAAUAAUGUUCCUGAGACUUUAUUGACAAUAUUACUAAAAGAUUCAUCAUGCUCAGUCUUAUACAUAUGUUGUAAUGACAUAGAAUAUAAUAGCAAUGAUGAUAAAGGAGUCCUUUACUGUUUUCCAAGACCUUUUAAUCAAAACUUUUUAUACAAUACUAGAGGAGCAUAUGUAACAUUAAAUCAUCUUGCCCUGAAGUCUUUGGGGACUAGUGAACCAACAAGCUCCACUGUGCUGCAUAAUAGUACCCUUAUAAAUGUCACUUACACUUCCCAUCACAACGAUUUACUAUUGAUUGCUUUCCCAAACAAAGAAGUGGACUUAUUUGCAGCUAAAAAAAUAAUGGCUGAUGUCGUAAGACUUCUAGAAUUUUUAUAUGGGUCAAUAAAAUCCUGUUUUACAAAGCCAAACAAUGUAGAAAAAUUAGAUAGCUUGUUUACUCGUAUUUUCGUUACAUCGAUAUUCAAUAAAGCUAGUAAGGACAGUGGCAGUAAGAAACCGGGGUACAUUUUUGAGGAUUUGUUAGCGGCUCAUUCAGUCAUUUUGCCACUGGAGGUGAAGGUGCAAAUUGAUGACGCUGUUACUGAGUUGGAAGCAGCUGACUAUAGAGAAUGGACUGACGAUGUGGAAAAUUAUCAAAGAUUGUACACUGUCAUGGGAUCGUGCUUAUAUUAUUCUGGACAUCUGCUUAGUUCCCAUCUGCAGGAUGAAGAUUUCAAAGAGAUUAAUGCAUACUUGAAAUUGAACGGUGUACUCAAACUAAGUGCCGAAAAAGAAAUAGAAAAGCUAGUUAUGUGGAAAGAAGUAUUUAUUUAUGAACAUAGAAACCAGAAUAAAAGCACCGGAUGUGAAUAUAAAAUUUCAGAUGGCCGCUGGUUUAUCCUUACGGUCGGUAAAGGGCAUUUUAUAUUAACUACUCUAAUGGAAGCUGGAGGUUGCACGGAAGAUGCCGUCGGCGUAACACCGCCUUCUCCAUUUUACGUAGAAGAGUGCGAGAGCUGUCUAGAAUUAUUAUAUGAUGUUGGACUAAACAAAUACUUAGCGUCAUGGUUCUGUUCCAAUACACAACCGCAAGUAGAGACCACUCCUGAAUAUUUGACGAAGUAUGGUAGAAAAGUAAGGGAUAAUAGCUCAUUAAAGCUGGACUCCACCUUAAAGUCUUCAACUCUCAGACUGUCGAAGCCGCAAAUAGAUAAGCGUCGCCACAAUUCUUCUGAUCAAAUCAACAUGGGAUCAAUUACAACUGAACUGAACUCUCUUACUAACUACGAUAGUCAUCACAGUUUAUACACUCAGUCCUAUAACAAUGCACAGAAGUAUAGACACUCCAGUUUGGAUGUAAGUUAUUCAGAAGACUCGAAUAGCUUGAAAAGUAACAGCGAAAUAAGUGAAGACCGCGUUCAAGGUAGACGGGCUGACAGAGAACAAAAGAAUCGUCGUGACUCGUCUGGUUCCGAGUCCGAUUGGGAGAGACUGGAUGGGAGCAGAACGAGCAGUAACGUUGAUAUGUCAGACAUCAGGAAGUCAUUAUUGAAUGACAUAAACCAUGUUACUGUGCAAAGAAUCACAGCUGGGGAUGAAAAUGUAUUAUUCCAUUUUGUAGAGUUGGAAUCCGAAAAAGGAAUUCUGAUAGCUCCUGUUAAAAAUAUAGAAAUUCAGGCUAAUAACGUACUUUAUUCAUAUAUAAUUAAAACGUUCCGAUCUGCUUGUAAACGGAUUCAUGAACUGCUACAACAUAGCAUCAGGUUCAAAAAAAACCACGCUCCAUCAAAUCCUUUAAAUAAAAUCUUAGUCGCCGUGAAAGAGCAUGGCAUGUUAUUUCAAGUGCCUCCAGAUAUUUUAACUCAAUGUGGUGUUAGCAAGAAAAUGACGGCGCCGUAUCAAUUUUGGGUUGUUGGGCGAGUUUUCAGCGAACCGGAGCCCAGGGAAUUUUAUUUGUGUUAUCACGAGUCUGUACCACAAGAUCUCACCGAAGUGGCAUACAUGUUGUCUUAUUUGGAAUAA